GACAAGCCCCAUUAUAAUCAUAUCAUACCAAACACACAAAACAAACCCCAACUCUCCUUGUUGUUUUGAUCACCAUAACCAUACCAUUGUUUAUUUUCUCUUUUUUGAAUCGUUGCAGUUAAAAAAUGGCGGACAGAUUUCCUUCCAUUGAAGAAUUCUCGGCCGGCCAGACCGAGCCCAAGCUGGACAGCGCCACGUCCGCCGACAACUUCGACCUCGAUCCUGCAAGCACCGCCGGAGCCGAUUUUCUGGACCGCGAAAAGGCCGCGCUGGGCGAUGACGCUGACCGGUUCGCGACUCCGAAUGAUAACAGCUUUGCCGCAGCCUCCACGACAGGUCUUGAGGGUGACGCGGAUAAUGAUCUCCUUGGCGGUGGCGUCGGUGGAGGAGAUGAGCAGCAGCUAGAUAUUGGUAGUUUUCCGGAUGCGGGCGUGGCUCAGUUUGAGAGUAGCUUUCCUGUGAUUGAUACGGGUAAUGAGCAAGUCGCUCCCGGUGGAACUAUAACUGGUCCUACGGAGCCGUAUCUCCCGGGCCAUGGCAGCUACGGUGCAGCAGUCGAGGACGAAGAAGAGCCAGAGGUCAUCAAGCAAUGGCGCGAGCGUCGAGAUCUAGCUCUGCAGCACCGCGACGAAGUGUCGGCGACCCGCAAGGAAGAAACGGUCAAGGCCGCGCAGACCGCCAUCGACGACUUUUACGAAAACUACAACAACAAGAAGGAAAAGACGCUCGCCCAGACUCGCAAAGAGGCCGAGGAAUUCUUAAAUAGCCGAGAAGACACUUCGGCCGGCGGAACGAGCUGGGAGCGGAUUGCGAAACUGGUCGAUCUGAGCGGAAAGGGAACUCGAGGCGGAGCGUCGGGCACGGGCAAAGAGCGCUUCCGCGAACUUCUUUUGAAUCUGCGAAAGGACGAAAAGGCACCGGGUGCUUCAGGAUACUGAAAAAAGAUAAUCCCUUCUUGUUUUAUCCUCUAUUCCCUUUUUUUUAUAAUUUCAUGAAAAUCAAUGGGAAGGAGGGGGGAGGGGGACCGAUGUGUUGCAACGAUAUAAUACUACCUACUUUCAUAUGGGCUCUCGUCAGAUUUCAGAUUUCGCAGGAAGAAGAAAAAGAACUGGGAGCGGUAUUUGUACUUCUAACCUCAUUCCCCGGUCUAUAAUCCUUUUGCAAUUUAUGAGAGGGACGAUAGGGGGGACAUGGCAUCAUUUUUCAAACGGAUAAGUUGUUAUUAUUUCCCGCCACUAGACGAUAUCUCUUUUUUAACAACUUCGAAAUUUCUCCUUUUCUUCUUUAAUUAUUUUUAUUUGAAAUAAAAU